AUGAAUCACUACACGAUCGCCAACGGCGAGUUCGUCAUAUGCGGCAGAGCAUACCAGGGAAGCGUCGCCUCCGAGUGCCGGACUUUACGCCGAGAGGAGAAUGAGCUGUCGCGUCACAUCAGGAAGAUCCACCAUACCGCCGCCAACUACAGCGAGUGCGCCGUGAUCACGAGGGCCGCUGCGAUUGCUUUCGUCGGCCAGAGAAAGGUUGCCACUGCCGAGCUGGUGAACCGCCGCCGCUUGCCCGACCGCGUCGCCGAGGCGCCCAGACGUCCUGGCUGGUUUCCGACGCCGCAGCAGCAAGCUGCCAUGCAGGCUUCUCUCCCUGCUUCCUCCGCUCCGGCCGCUGGUGCUGCGCCUCCGCCUCCUCCUCCUCCUCCUCCACCACCUCCUCCUCCCACCACCAACCCUCCUCCCGUUCCUGUCGCGCCUCCCUCGUCUGGCCCUGUGCCGAUCUCGAGCGCCUACAACAGUCAGUACGAUGUUCACGGCCAGAAGCUUCCGAGCCCCGCCGCCGUUGCCUCGUCUUCCUUCUCCUCCUCCUCGACCCUCACCUCUUCCUCCGUCCUCUCCGCUCGCCUCGCCGAGUACGACGACGCCAACACCAACACCGACGACGACGACGACGACGACGACGACAUGACGAACGUCUAG